CCGAGGCGAGCGGCGGGCGCGCCGGCCUGUGGCCCCGCAGCGGCCCGGCCCGGGCCCGAUGAGCGGCGGCCUCGGCCUCCGGCGCAGCCCGGAAAUGUCCGGCAAGAUCGAGAAAGCAGAUUCUCAGCGUUCUCACCUCUCCUCCUUCACCAUGAAGCUGAUGGACAAAUUCCACUCACCCAAAAUCAAGAGAACACCAUCAAAGAAGGGAAAACCAGCUGAAGUGUCCGUGAAGAUUCCGGAGAAGCCUGUGAACAAAGAGGCAACAGACAGAUUUCUACCAGAGGGCUACCCUAUCCCCUUGGAUCUGGAGCAGCAGGCAGUAGAAUUUAUGUCCACCAGUGCUGUGGCUUCCAGGUCUCAAAGGCAGAAGAACCUGAGCUGGCUGGAAGAGAAAGAGAAAGAAGUUGUCAGUGCCUUGCGCUACUUUAAGACCAUUGUGGACAAAAUGGCUAUUGAUAAGAAGGUCCUGGAGAUGCUUCCAGGGUCGGCCAGCAAGGUGCUGGAGGCCAUCUUACCCCUGGUGCAGAGUGACCCUCGCAUUCAGCACAGCUCAGCCCUCUCCUCCUGCUACAGCCGAGUGUACCAAAGUCUUGCCAACCUCAUUCGUUGGUCUGACCAAGUGAUGCUGGAAGGCGUGAACUCAGAAGAUAAAGAGAUGGUAACAACUGUGAAAGGGGUCAUCAAGGCCGUGCUGGACGGAGUGAAGGAGCUGGUCAGACUUACCAUUGAGAGGCAGGGGCGUCCGUCUCCAACAAGCCCAGUGAAGCCCAGUUCUCCAGCCAGCAAACCUGAUGGCCAGGCUGAGCUCCCCCUGACAGACCGAGAGGUGGAGAUUCUAAACAAGACGACUGGGAUGUCGCAGUCAACCGAGCUGCUCCCAGACUCCAUAGAUGAGGAGAUUGCACCUCCCAAGCCCCCUUUACCUGGCAUUCGAGUGGUUGAUAAUAGUCCUCCACCAGCGUUGCCACCCAAGAAAAGGCAGUCAGCUCCGUCUCCUACCCGAGUGGCUGUGGUGGCCCCCAUGAGUCGAGCCACCAGCGGCUCCAGCCUGCCUGUCGGGAUUAAUAGGCAGGAUUUUGACGUUGACUGUUACACACAGAGGCGACUGUCAGGAGGCAGCCACUCAUAUGGCGGAGAGUCGCCCCGCCUGUCCCCCUGCAGCAGCAUAGGCAAGCUCAGCAAGUCAGACGAGCAGCUGUCCUCUCUGGACAGGGACAGUGGACAGUGCUCCCGGAACACAAGCUGUGAAACUCUAGACCACUAUGAUCCCGACUAUGAAUUCCUCCAGCAAGACCUCUCUAACGUGGACCAGAUACCUCAGCAAGUGGCUUGUAACCUUAGCCCGUUGCCGGAGUCCUCGGGGGAGUCUGGGUCUCCAUUCCUCAGCCAUCCUUUCCAGCUGCCUCUUAGCAUCUGUCCCCAGCCGGAGGGGCCCUUGGCCCCAGGACAGCAGACAGACAUGCCACCUGCUCUUCCAGAGAAGAAGCGCAGGAGUGCGGCCUCCCAAACCACGGACAGCUCUGGCUGCAGGGUGUCCUACGAGCGGCACCCCUCGCAGUAUGACAACAUCUCUGAAGAUGACCUGCAGAACUCAGCCCCAGUCCAGUCCAUCCCCUACACGGCCUUUGCUGCUAUCCUCCCUUUUCAGCAAGGAGGUUCCUCAGCCCCUGUCGAAUUUGUGGGUGACUUUACUGCUCCUGAAUCAACGGGUGACCCAGAAAAGCCACCUCCUCUACCAGAGAAGAAAAACAAACACAUGCUGGCCUACAUGCAGCUGCUCGAGGACUACUCAGAGCCACAGCCCUCUGUGUUCUACCAGACACCGCAGAACGAGCACAUCUACCAGCAGAAGAACAAGCUCCUCAUGGAGGUGUACGGCUUCAAUGACUCCUUCAGCGGAGCAGACUCCUCGCAGGAGCUGGCCCCUCCACCUGCCCUCCCUCCCAAGCAGCGGCAGCUGCAGGCCUCCUAUGCUGCUUCUUCCUUCUCCUCUGUCUCCUACUGUGUCCAGCAAACUAAAGUGGCCUUCACCCCCGAGGACGGCAGUGCCACUCAGGGCAUCAGUGUGUCCGUCUCUAACUCCUUUCUCAGCCGGCACGGCAGCUUGCCUGUGCCCUCGUACAAAUCUGUGUUUAGGUCCUACUCCCAGGAUUUCCUGCCUCACCACCAAGCUUCCAUUCAGCCUUUCCCUCCGCCCACCUCCUCCUCCUCUCCACAUUUCCCACCUGUCCACCAGCCUCAGAGCUCUGACUUAGCGGUGCCGCCUGUGGCCAGUCCGCCUCCCAGCACCAUGGACGGGCCUCUCUCACCUUCUCAGGAGAACAGCUUUCAUGGGAAUACUGUCUGCCUUCCUUCCGAAACCUCUUUCACUGACUCGAGUGAAAACGCCAGCGAGGACGCUGGUGAGGGUGAAUACGUCAAUCUGUACUCCUCUGGCCAGAGCAGUGAGGAGCUGGCUCCCUCUCGAGGAUUCUCCAUUGUGGCCCCAGUGACAGACCAGGGAUGUUGGAGGGCCACAUUGUCGCUGAGUAAGGAAUCACCAGCUGGGAAAGACGGGCCUGCCAGAGAUCCCUCGGCAGCUGGCAGUGCACCUGGAAAGGACAGCAGAGAUGGUGGUGAGAGGGCUCCAAAGUCACCAGAUGCUCUGGAGUCGGCCCAGCUGGAGGACGAAGUAGACGAGCUGUCCCUCAUCGACCACAAUGAAAUUAUGGCCAGGCUGACGCUCAAGCAAGAGGGUGAUGAUGGGCCAGAUGUCCGUGGAGGGUCUGGAGACAUCUUGCUGGUCCAUGCUACUGAGACCGACAGGAAAGAUUUGGUGCUGUACUGUGAAGCCUUCCUGACCACCUACAGGACCUUCAUCACGCCGGAGGAGCUCAUCAAGAAGCUACAGUACAGAUACGAGAAGUUCUCUCCCUUUGCUGACACGUUCAAGAAGCGCGUGAGCAAGAACACAUUCUUCGUGCUGGUGCGGGUGGUGGAUGAGCUCUGCCUAGUGGAGUUGACGGAGGAGAUCCUGAAGCUGCUGAUGGAACUGGUCUUUCGCCUGGUGUGCAGUGGGGAGCUCAGCCUGGCUCGCGUGCUCCGGAAGAACAUCCUGGACAAGGUGGACCAGAAGAAGCUGCUCCGGUGUGCCAACUCCGACCAGCCCCUGGCAGCCAGGGGGGUAGCAGCCAGGCCAGGGACCUUGCAUGACUUUCACAGCCAUGAAAUAGCUGAGCAGCUGACACUGCUGGACGCUGAGCUCUUCUAUAAAAUAGAGAUUCCCGAGGUUUUGCUUUGGGCAAAAGAGCAGAAUGAGGAGAAGAGCCCCAACUUGACCCAGUUCACGGAGCACUUCAACAACAUGUCCUACUGGGUCCGGUCGAUAAUCAUGUUACAGGAAAAGGCCCAGGACAGGGAACGGCUGCUCCUGAAGUUCAUCAAGAUCAUGAAGCACCUGCGGAAGCUAAACAACUUCAACUCCUACCUGGCCAUCCUGUCGGCGCUGGACUCGGCACCCAUCCGCAGGCUGGAGUGGCAGAAGCAGACCUCAGAGGGCCUGGCUGAGUACUGCACGCUGAUUGACAGCUCAUCCUCCUUCCGAGCCUACCGGGCUGCCCUCUCCGAGGUGGAGCCUCCGUGCAUACCAUACCUGGGGCUGAUCCUGCAGGACCUGACCUUUGUCCACCUGGGAAACCCAGACUAUAUUGACGGGAAAGUGAACUUUUCCAAGCGGUGGCAGCAGUUCAACAUCCUCGACAGCAUGCGAUGUUUCCAGCAGGCGCAUUAUGACAUCCGGAGAAACGACGACAUCAUAAACUUCUUCAACGAUUUUAGUGACCACCUGGCCGAGGAGGCCCUGUGGGAACUCUCUCUGAAAAUUAAACCCAGGAACAUAACGCGGAGGAAAACAGACCGGGAAGAGAAGACCUAGGAGCAGGUGCCAUGAGCAAGGAGAACGCUCAAGAGGCAGAGGGCAGCUCCAAGCCCAGGGAGGACUCUGGACCUGGCAGGUGGGCUGCCAGCGCCCCGGCCACAGAGCCACAGGCUGGCCAGGCCUCAGCUAUGCCGGGCAGGGGCCUGGAGCCCGCCAGCAGCUUCCUGCCUCCCUCCUCCGCAGGAGCAGACACGUGGCCCGCAGUGGAGCUGGCAGGCAGGUCUUAGGACUGAUUUGUGACCCGGGGGUUUCCUGAUUUGGUUUAGUUUUCUGCUUUCACUUCUGUCUUCCCCCCCACCCUGCCACCCUCUCCCCUACAGCCUGGGAGCAGCACAGAACCAGAAUCAGCAGACCAAGGAAUGGCAGAUCCUCUCCCCUCCCUAAGCUUGAGAGUCCCUGAAUCACACGGCAACUGCCUGGAGGCAGAGGCCCCUGUGUGGCGGCUGCCCUCCUACAGCCUGGAAUGAGGCAGGUGUAGCUGGGUGGUCAGAAGGCAGAGAAGACCAGGGGAGGCUCCUUUUGCCCUCCAUUCCCUGCUUUUGAAAUAUGGAGGAUGGUGUGAGCUUUUCAUCUGGCCCAGAAAGGUAGGACGGGGGGUGUUAACGCAGCCCUGGAGCUGGCACCCCUUAGCAUGGCACUGGCUCUCGAGCAGUCUUGCUGGGGGCUGUGCCCACAGACCUCCCAUGCUGGACUGCGAGCAGCAGCAGCACCUGUCAUUUCGUCACCCCUUUACCUCCUGCCCAGGCUGCUAAGACUUUCCCCACAUCGUCCCUCUGGGCAGCUGGGAGAGGAGGCUGAACUAGGGAGGAAGAACUUCACCAUCAGAGAAGCACUUUGUAUCGCUGGGAGUCUUUUUUACCUUGUCUGAGUUGGGGCCUGAGCUUAGCUCCUGGGGAGUGAUUUCAGAGAGGGACAGCAAAGGAGCUCUCCUGUCCUCCUCCUUCGCUUGCUGUGUGCCUUAAGCUCCAUCUUCUGUCUCUCCCAGUAUCUUGCCCCAUUCUGGAGUGGCCAGUGGGCUCCUCCUCUGGCUCAUCAGACCUUCCUGCCAGAGCCAUCAGUGUUCCCUGGGAAGGACAGGGCAUCCCUGAGAGGCCCAAGCAGGCCCUUGGGGUGUGGAGAGGUCAGAGGCCUGGCCGCAGAGGUGCCCCUGAGGCUGAGCAGCCAGGCGGGCUUGCUUUCUCCUUGGCUGGAGCAUCUUCAAGAGCAGGUUCUCUUCCGUCCUACUGGUUACAAACCACUCUCACUGCUGAGGUUGACAAUCUAGGGCAAGGUUUGUGGGGGCGGGGGGAGCAGUGCUUCAGCAAGCAGGUGCCCGCUAGAGCCUCCCAUGUCCCCCCCGGCUCCCAGCUGCUGUGUACAAGCGAGUGCUCACUGCUGCUGGAUGCGGGACUUGAUCAAGGGUCGGACUGAGCUUACUUAGCCCAGUUUAAACAGAACAAAGAAAAAAUAGAAAGCAGCACCUGUUGAUUAUUUAGACUUUUUAAACAACCAUGUCACUUUGAGCCCUUUCUGGGUUUGUGAGCAGCUUUUCUCAAGAAGAGUUUGGGCUGUGUUUCUUCUUCUUUCGUGUUUUGUUUGUCCUGUAUGGAGAGGGGAGGGAAUCUGUGGAACGUCAGAGAGGCUGCCUCUGGCAGCAGUCCUGCUGGCGGCUGCCGGAACUGUCACUUUAUUAUUUAAAGAGUGUGUGUGUAGAACCGCUGGUUUAUUAGCAGUAUUGUGUGUGGGGUUGGGUUUUUAGUUUGUUCCCUCUUUUUGAGUCCCUUCAUUUCAACCUUUGCCUCGCGCUCCCAUCCUUUGCCCAGCUCUGUUGAAUGCUGCUGCGUGUAUGGGAGGGUCCACUGUGCACACAAGGUCUUUGAGUUGUGUGAACAAAACCCCUGUGCCAUUUAGAGCCUCUGAGAGUCUCCCUCUGUGGCACAGGCAAGGGCCAGUGCCGUGUCGCAGCCUCAGAAACCAGCCCACUCACGCCCAGCAGCAGGCAGAUCUGUGUCUGCAGUUGGACCUGUGCGCCUUGCUCUCAGACAUGAGCUGGACAGAGAAGGGGUCUCCACACCUUCCCUGAAUUCAGAGCAGACCCUGUGCCCAUCCCCAGGAUGCCCGAGCAUUUCCCCCAGGCCCUCCCCGUCCCUCCCUGGGAGCCCUUGGUAGUCCGAGCAGAAGAGCCCAAGCAGCAGGUGGCAGUGCCAGGUGGCUCCCCACGUGGGGACAGCAGGGUGCACUGCAUGUUUUAACUUAUUGGCUGAUAGGCUCCCCCUCCUGGCUCUGGUUGUUGCCAGGUCCCAGUGCUCAGUGCUGCAGCCUGGCCGAGGCUUGUCUGUUUCUCGGGGGCCCAGGGGAGGGUUGUGGGGAUCAAUCUUUGACAUAAGUGAGAUGGAUGAUUCGGUUCCUUUCUGGUCCGUUCUCACCUGCAGGUGUGGGUGGAGCCAGGGAGGGGCACUGGGCUCCAGUUCUGAGAAGCGCCUCCCUCUCCGGCUGCCCACGGCCUCCCAGUGUUCCAUUGUAAUAUACAUCCCCCAACUAACCGUCUCAUAGUGGCAUCUUCCUGCAGACAUUUCAAACGUGUAACUUUUAUAUGAAAGAAAAAUAAACACAGAUGAAAGCCGA